AGAUUGUUCAUUUGGAAGAUAGAGCAUACCUGACAUGCAGUUUCUCCUUUCUGUGUAGAACACAAUGAUAGAUGAGCGUGGAUCUUUUGCUGUGACGAGUCCCAUGCCAGGUCCACUGGCAAAUCUACUCAAGUCCAUCAAGAAACUACCAGCUCGGGUUGCUCUGAUGGGUGAAGUUCUGCCUCUUAAAGAUGAAAAGGCUAAAUUUGCUAGAGAGAGCCUUAAGGAAGUCAUAUCAUCUGAAAGGAGCAUGAUAGAGAAAUUCUCUUACACCGUUUUGGGUAUAUUGAGUUCAUCUUCCCUUGGUGUUACAUGCCGAGGUGACAAUCUCCAGGAAUUAUUUGAUGCGGACAAAGGAUAUGUUGUGUUCAAGUUCAAUCCAAGCUCAUGCAUGUAUAUUGAUAGUACUGGAGGGACUCAUGAAGUAGGUCUUGAGGAGGUCCAAGCAACAAAGCCUGAUCCUUUAUCAUCAUAUACUAUGAGCCUAAUUGAUGGAAUUAAUCAAAGUGAGGCGAGGCGUAGAGCUCUAAUUCUCUUCUGCAUCACACACUUGAGUAAGAAUGCAAAGGAUGCCUAUCUGCUUUCUAUAGAUCAGAAAGGAUUUGAUGUGCUAGGAAAAGUUUUAGGUCCAGUGAGGAGCGAUGGUUCUCGUGAAUAUCAGUGGAGGGAGUUCAGAAUUCCAUUGAGAGAAGAGGCACACAGUGUUGAAAUAUUCUGCCGUCAGCUUGUUGAAAUGGAGGAGAAAGCGCUCAAGAGCUUCUCUAACUUUACUGGCCUAUAAAUAAGGGUAGAAUCAGCUUGUAUCGGCAUCACCUGACUGGUGUGAAGAAAAAGCAAGCAGUAAUGAUAGGCAAGCCCCAGAGGGAACAACUGCAACCUGGGUUACUUUUGACAGAGAAGGGGGAACUGCGAUGGAGGGCCCUAGCAAGGAACAGAAAGAUGCAUUGCAUUUUAUUGCAGAAGAGUGAGCUCUUGUGAGUUGGGCUGUGUGCAUGUCCGUUCUUUUAACCUAAGCUUCUGAAAUUUUGUAAUCAUAAAAUAUAACCUUAGCUAAGACAUUACACCCAAGUUUGAGGAACGUGAUUCAUUUCGUUGUGAUGUAGACUGCAAAAAGCUCAUCGUUGGUACGAGUUUGCAUAGCCUUACGUAUACGCAAAGAAACGUGUUUCAUUA